AUGGCGGCCGCACCGACCAACUCGUGGUGUGGCGAGGACCGCCUGAGCGACCUCCCCGAGGACGUCCUCGGCAUCAUCCUCUCCUACCUCCCCGCCAAAGAGGUCGCCCGCGCCGCCGUGCUCGCCAGGAGCUGGCGCCACUCCUUCGCCACCGUUGAGGCCAUGUCCUUCGUCCAGGACAAGGCCCACGACAAGGACGACCGCAGCUUCACCGCGCAAUCCCAGGAGAAGCGCAGCAAGAACGGGGACUUCAUCGAUGAGGUCAACGCCGCGCUCCUCUGCCGCCGCCGCUGCGGCGCCCGCACGGCGCCGCGCGCCUUCCGCGUCAACUUCGGCUGCUACACGCACUGGGACUCUGCCGUGUUGAACCGGUGGCUCUACCACGUGCUUAAACGCAGCAGCAAGGAGCUCCACCUCGACCUGCGCCUCCAGCACACCGACCUCGCCGAGCACCACGUCAAGGAACCAUACAAUGGCGAAGGCGACCGCGAUUGCGACGACCCCCGCGCCAACGACCCGGCCGACGACAGGUGCCCCGCGAGCUACUCCUAUCAGUCCUAUCGCGCAGAUGAGUACGCGCUUACACGAAGCCUCUUCUCGUGCGUCGUCAUACGGACGCUCUGUCUCGGCGCCUGCACGUUGGAGCCGCCCGAGCGCAUUGAGCUGCCUUUCCUCGAGACACUGUUCCUAAGCACCAUCAGGAGCACCGGCGGCAACAUCCAACGUCUCAUCUCCGGUUGCCCGCGCCUCAUCGACCUCACCCUCGAGCGGUGCGGCUACACAAACAAAAGUCACAAGGACCCUCUCCCCGACAAAAAUUUCACCAUCACUGUCCUGGAUAAGCAUCUCCGCAGAUUCUCCCUAAGGUGCUGCCACAACCUGGUCCGAGCGAGCAUUGAUGUGUCCGAGCUGAGGACGUUCGAGUACAGGGGCGACGUGCCGUCGGAGUCGCUCCUCACACUCCACGGCGCGCACAAGAUCUCUUCGUGCACCAUCGGUUUCUGCGGCAGGAAAGUUUACAAGGGUGAGUUGCCCCUGCUCAGAAGCUUCCUCGAGCAGUUUACCGGCACAAGACAUCUGCAUCUCGUGUCUACUCAUCUCGGUUCAGGCAUCGGGAGUGAGUUUUUCUCGGGAUUCCCCUACUUUCCGAGCCUCGUGCGGCUUGAGCUGACAGGAUACCUUGGAGGACGCAGCAUCAAGGCGGUGACUAGGAUACUUGAAGUUGCUCCAAGCAUUGAGAUUUUGUCUCUAUUCAUGAAGCCAGGUUAUGAGGACAGAUAUCACACCGGAUACUUCUGGAGGCAACAGCAAGAGCUCAUCAGUGAACCGGCUCUAGAUGUUUCGAUCCCGUGCUUGCGAAAUCGGCUGAGGAGUAUCAACCUCGUGCACUACCAGGGCGACAACCGACACAAAUAUCUAGCCAACCUGCUGCUUUGUAAUGGGAUGGUUCUGGAACAAGUGUGUGUUGCCUUUCCAAGGGGUGAACACAAGUUGCAGACUAGACUCAAGAAGGAAAUCGAAGGAUGGUUGGUGAAUAAAUCAGCAAAAGUGAUAUUCUUGUAA